CUGUAAUCUUCCGUGUAAAUAAGUAAACAAACAAGCAUCGAGUUAGUUUAUUUCGGUGGGAAAAACGUUGACAAAAACCUUUUUUGUAGCAUUUCGUGGGGUCCUGAAGCAUUAAAAAAUCUUCCUGUUUUGGUGGAUACUUGCAGUAACAAUGAGUGGUGGUUUGUGUCCCAGCAAAAGUACAGUUUACAUAAGUAAUCUUCCUUUUUCUUUGACCAAUAAUGACUUGCACAAAAUUCUUCAGAAAUAUGGAAGAGUUGUUAAAGUAACAAUAGUGAAAGAUAAAGAAACCCACCAAAGUCGAGGAGUUGCUUUUGUUUUAUUUUUAGAAAGGGAAUCUGCCUUCAAAUGUGUUAGGGCUUUGAACCGAAAAGAAUUAUUUGGAAGAACUCUAAAGUGUAGUAUUGCCAAAGAUAAUGGGAGGACAACUGAAUUCAUACGUCGAAAAUAUUACACAGAUAAAACGCAAUGCUAUGAAUGUGGUGAAAUAGGUCACCUGAGCUAUGUUUGUCCAAAUAAUUUGCUUGGCGACAGAGAACCAGAAAAAAAGAAAAAGAAGAAAAGGUUUCAGAGAGAUGAUGAGUAUGUAUUCAUUUAA